CCCGCACAAAUUUGGUCUGGAAUUAGGUCAAAUUAAAUGUUUGAAAUUGUACUUUUUCGAUUUCAUUCACAAAAAAAAUCAUCUUUUGUCAAAAAUUAAAUAUAAUCAGGCAUGGGCUGUUUCGGAGGCAACAAGUCUACUAAGAAAACUCCUUCCCCUACUCAAAAUAAGCAAUGCCAAAAAAAGCCAUGGUCCAAAGAUGAAUGGAAAGUACACGGUCGGUAUUUCUCCCAACUUUCUACACCAAAAAAGAAUUAUGCCGAGGAAAAACUAUAUAACACUCCGAAACAACAAAAAGUGCCUCUAAGCAUUUUGAAGCAUCGAGUGGAGAAAUUGUCCAAACCGAAAACAAUAACCGUCGCCAAGCACGACUGCCCAUUGGCUCCCAACAAAUGUCAUUGCCACAUCGCCGAUCCCAUCCGAAAGGUGCCAAACCAGGCCAAAAACUAUGUCCCCACUCAUCGAAUCAACGCGCUGAGCCAACCCAAGUUGGACUAUCAGGAAGUGAUUCGCUGUUUUCCGAUGCAACGGGUAAUGUGUCUCAACAAGAGUAUCCUAACGCCCCGUUCCAGCUACCGAGUCAAGAAACUCGCCAUGCCAAAGUAUCAGUACCUGUGUACGCCCGAUACCAAUCCGUUCGGUGUGAAACCGGAAGCCCUGGUUGCCAGGGCCACUCCCCGCACGGUGAUGCUGGCCCAGCCGAAAAGUUUCUCUUGGACGAAUUGAACGUGACACCAAGCGUGCUAAUUUACAUGGGAAAGGAUUGUAGAACGCUCGUUGAAUAAAUCACCCUGGAACUCCUUGUGCUCUCAUGAAGCAAAAUGAUUGUGUUUACUAUGCAAAGAAUCUCUUCUAUGUUCCAGAUUAAAUUUUUACCCCGUUGCGAGUGCUGCACUCAAAACUUUGCUUGACAACUUCCGGGUUAAACUCAUUAUACUGCUACCCGGCACUACACUUUUAAUCAUAGCUUGAACAAGUUGGUAGAACGAGCAAGAAUGAAUGAUGUAAUGAAACUUAAUUCCAGUGGAAAACAAUCCACAAUCCAUAAAGUCUACAAUCGUUAAACUUUGAACAGUGGAAAAUCAACAACAAACUUCAUGAAGGGCAUUGGGUAGUUAGUUUAUCGCUUUUAUUUUGGGGAUGGAGCGACAAU